AUGCUUGCCAGCUGUAGUGUAGAGUGGUGGUGCACGUUUGAUCGUCCGUAUCGCGAUCGUGCGUUUGGCACAGCGAAUGUACGCCGUACAAACGCUGCACGAUUGGCACCCGGACGGAAGUUUGAAAGUGAAAGAGUGUGGUUUUGCAGAAGCGGGAAUUUGAAGAACUUGGCGCACUGAUCGACGCCUACCUUGCACUAUAACAACAUGUUAGCAUCCAAAGGAAAACCUUUCUCGUUCGAUCAGACUGAGCUUAAUCCAUCCCGGAAUAAGCCGUCUAUACGAAGAACGGUAAUGGAAGUGAUAGUGUUCUUGUUAACGUCUGUAGGAUAUAUAAUGCAGGCAAUUUACUAUCAAAUAUUCGGCGUACCAAAGAAAGACUUGAACGGAGAGAUAGCUUUAGUGACCGGCGGAGGUGGUGGUCUUGGACGAUUGCUAGCCCUUCGACUCAUAAAGCUUGGCGCCAAGGUUGUGCUGUGGGAUAUAAAUCAGGAAGGGCUAGACGACUCGGUGAAGCUGAUCCAAUCCCUGGGAGGACUCUGCAAAGGAUACAAAGUGGACAUCUCGAACAAGGAAGAGGUGUACAAGUAUGCGAAAAUAAUACACGAAGACAUCGGUGAUGUUACGUUACUAUUUAACAAUGCAGGUGUCGUGUCUGGUCGCGCCCUUCUAGACACUCCGGAUCACUUGAUAGAACGAUCUUUUAGCGUCAAUGUACUUGCACAUUUCUGGACGACAAAGGCAUUUCUACCAGCGAUGUUGAAAAACGACCAUGGACACAUUAUAACUAUCGCUUCUCUGGCUGGCCAUGUCGGUAUAUCCAAGCUGGUUGAUUAUUGUUCCAGUAAGUUUGCUGCGGUUGGCUUUGAUGAAGCAUUACGGUUGGAGCUGGAACAUCUCCGGGCUCAAGGUGUUUUUACGACAGUCAUUUGCCCAUAUUUUAUACAGUCUACUGGAAUGUUUGACGACGUAAACUCGAGAUGGGUUCCCACUCUGGAUUCGAAUGAUGUGGCAGAUAAAAUCAUUGAAGGUGUCCAGAAAAAUGAAAAGUACGUAAUCAUCCCCGGAUAUUUGCGCUUAAUGUUGGCCAUCAAAUGGGUAUUUCCUUGGGGAUGCAAUUCUGGAUUUUUGCGACGUUUGGUACCGGACGCCGCUCCGCAACACAGUAUGACACCGUUUAACAAUCCAGAAUGCGAUACCACAAAAGAGAUGGCCAACACGUUUGCCAGUGAUAAUAAUAAUACGACAAAAUCGUCGCCCCUUCUUGUCCACAGACAAUGCACUGGCGAGCGUGUGCUAUAA